AUGUUCGACGUUGAUUAUUGUUUCCGUAACGUCGUGGAUGAUUCGCAAGCUCACAGCAGUGAAUCUAGUUUGCCUGUGGACGAAGCUAAUCGUUUAGAUGAGCGUAAGGGAUACUUCAACUUGCGUGUUCACAAGAUAAUACCGGUCCUAUGA